GUGUCCCUUCCUUUCCCGCAAAACCUAAUGGAGGUGCAGCAACCGAUUGUGGGGAACAGAGAGUGUAACUGUAACUAUGGAGUGGGUGUGGUCACAGACAAUGUGAUCUGUGCCGGGUUCAGUGCUGGAGGAAAAGGCAUCUGUCAGGGGGAUGGAGGAGGUCCGCUGGUGAGCAAGCAGGGCGGUCGCUGGAUCCAAGCGGGAAUCGUGACUUUUACCAGUAGUAGGGGCUGUGCCCAGCCUAAUAUCCCAUCACGCUACACCCGAGUGUCCCAGUAUCAGUCCUGGAUCAACAGCCAGAUCACCAGCAACCAGCCAGGCUUCAUCACCUUUACCUCCGGUGGGACUGACGGUGACCUCAGCAUUACCUGUUCUGGCCUGCCAUCAUCAAUACCCCAAGUGUGCGGUAAGCCUACGCUCAACACCAAGAUUGUGGGAGGAGAGGUGGCCUCUGCAGGCAGCUGGCCCUGGCAGGCGAGUCUGCAAGGCUCCGGGUCCCACGUCUGUGGAGGAUCCCUCAUUAACAAUCAAUGGGUGCUGACUGCUGCUCACUGCUGUGCAAU